CACGACUGCACACUCAGCAGCACCAUCACCACCCACACGGUGAUCUGACCAUCGCAAACACCGACCACCGACAUCAUGAAGUUGUUGCUGUUGGCAGCACUGGUAGCCGUGAUUGCGGCGGAGCGGCUGGACAACUCGUACCUGCCACCGGCGGGUGCGCCACUGGCAGGCGGUGCUCCAGGAGCCAUUGCAGCGCCCUUCGGCGGUCCUGGAGGAGCGUUUAGGCCCGGAGCUGGAGGCGCAGCUGGAAGACCUGGACUGGGCGGCAUUGGAGGUGCUGGAGGCCCCAGUGCUGGUGGAUUCCCAGGUGCUGGUCGUGGUCCUGGAGGUGCUGGAGCCGGUGGAUUCCCUGGUGCUGGAGGCGCUGGUGGGUUUCCGGGAGCUGGAGCUGGAGCUGGUGGCGCUAGGCCUGGCGCAGGUGGAUUCCCUGGUGCUGGAGGAGCUGGUGGAUUCCCUGGUGCUGGAGGCGCUGGUGGAUUCCCUGGAGCUGGAGCCGGUGGCGCUAGGCCUGGUGCAGGUGGAUUCCCUGGUGCUGGAGGAGCUGGUGGAUUCCCUGGUGCUGGAGGCGCCGGUGGAUUCCCUGGAGCUGGAGCCGGUGGCGCUAGACCUGGUGCAGGAGGAUUCCCUGGUGCUGGAGGAGCUGGUGGGUUCCCUGGUGCAGGAGGAGCAGGUGGAUUUCCUGGAGCUGGAGCUGGUGGUGCUAGGCCUGGUGCUGGAGCUGGUGGUGCUAGGCCUGGCGCUGGGGGAUUCCCUGGCGCUGGAGGAGCUGGUGGUGCUGCUGGUGGUCCCGUCAUCCCCAUCCUCAAGUACGAGAAUAUCAACAAUGGUGAUGGCUCCUACUACUUCAGCUAUGAAACCGGCAACGGCAUCGCCCAGGACGAGCAGGGCUACCUGAAGAACGCUGGAAUCCCUGAUGCUGAGGCCGAGACCGUGCAGGGCCGCUACACGUACACUGGAGACGAUGGUGUGCAGUACACCAUAACCUACACUGCCGAUGAGAACGGCUUCCAGCCGCAGGGCGCCCAUCUGCCCACUCCACCACCAAUCCCCGAGGAGAUCCUUCGCUCCCUGGAGCAGAACGCUGCUGAGGAGGCAGCUGCGGCAAAGGCUGGAGGAGUCGCUGGUGGUGCUUUCGGUGGUGCUCCUGGAGCUGGUGCUGGCGGUGCCUUUGGUGGGGCACCUGGAGCUGGUGCUGGUGGUGCUUUUGGGGGUCGUCCGGGAGCUGGCGCUGGUGGUGCUUUUGGUGGUGCACCUGGUGCUGGUGGUGCCUUUGGUGGGGCACCUGGAGCCGGUGCUGGUGGUCCUUUUGGAGGUCGUCCAGGCGCUGGUGCUGGUGCUGGCGGUCCCUUGGGUGGUGCUCCUGGAGCUGGUGGUGUAUUUGGUGGUGGCAGAGCUCCUGGUGCUGGAGCCUUCGGCCGUCCCGGUGCAGGAGCUGGAGCAACGCCCGGCUACUCGCCAGAGAGUGGCUACUCGUACCCUAACCCUGGCAAAUAGGCACCGAGGUAGCCAGUAGCCAGUAGCCAUACAACAGCCGACAGCCGACCAAAUACAACGCGACUCCGGACCACGACCUCGCCCACCGCGCCAGCCGACCACGCGCAGCUGAACACGUGGCCGAGCUGUUCAGGACUCUCCUUCGUCCAACUGACUAACAGCGUCGUCAUCCGACGUCCCUUUCCUGACCCGAAGGUGUCUCGAAUGCUGCUGCGUUGAUCGGAGGACCAUCGACGAAUGCUUCACAGGCGAGGAUCAGGAAUUUCUCCACUCAAACCCCUACCUUUCAAUACCGAAUACCAGCACAUCCUCCACAUCCUAUCUCAGCUAUCCUUUGUCCCCUUUGUCCUCAUCGCUGGUGCAGAUAGCCUCUAUCUCAUGCAAUUCCUGAACGUCGCCUUUGACCCAACGAAAAAGCUAGACUACAACUGCAGGAAGUACGAGACAGCUUCACUCUUUUUUUUCUGUUUACUGAAGAUACUCACUACUUACUUUGCUUUCGCAGAUGCACAAAGACGACAUCUGUGAUGCUUAUGACGACAAGGCACGCUACGAGAAAGUACUCAAGUCAUUAUUUUUAAAAGACUAUUUAUUUUUACAUGUAUAUAAAAAUGUAAAAAAAAUUUUGUGUGUAAAAUAUAUUUUUCAUAAAUAUUGUUUUUCUUAAA